AUGGAGAUCCCGGUGGAAAUAGCCAGUAACUUCUGGAAGAUAGCCUUCUUUCUUCUGGUUCUUUACGUAGUUCUAGAGAAGAGACCCAGGAUUAGAACCAAAAAGCCUGUCGAGAAAGGAGAAUAUGGAAUGAACAUUAUAAUCAACAAGGAUUAUAAUAUGACCAAGGGUAAAGUUAUUUCCCAGAUCUGUCAUGGGAUGGCCUCUGUGAUGGAGCAUCUGUUUAGAAACAAAGAACUAUUUCUUGAAUGGAAGAGAAACCAAGAGCCUAAGAUAGUUCUGAAGGCCUCUGGAGGGGAGAUUGAGGAGAUUAUAAGACUGGCCAAAAAGAACGGUGUUUACUACCACAAAAUACACGAUGCCGGUAGGACACAGGUCCCUUCUGGUGCAAACACGGUACUUAUGCUUGGCCCAGCACUGAGAUAUAAGCUUUUGUCCAUUUCUGGCCAUUUGAAACUGUAUUAG